AUGAGCACCGACACCAAUUCCAGCGCCAUAAUCGUUAUCAAGCCAUGCGGAGCCUGUAGAUACUUGCGAAAGAAAUGCCUCGACAAUUGCAUAUUCGCACCUUACUUUGAUUCCGAUAAAGGAACCGCCAAUUUCGCAUCGAUUCAUAAUAUUUUUGGAGCGAGCAACGUUACAAAACUUCUAACGAAUAUUUCGAUCGACAAACGGCCCGAUGCAGUUAGGACUUUAAAUUAUGAAGCUCAUGCUCGUCUCCAAGAUCCUAUAUAUGGUUGCGUAUCUCAAAUCUUUGGUCUCCAAAAUCAGGUGAUCAAUCUUCAACGAGAGAUUGUGUGCUUACAAGCCCAAUUAGCCAGGCAGCCGCCAACUCACCAGCCACCUCAGCAACAGCUACAGUCUUCUCUGUCCAUGUCGGACUACCCUUUUGGUGGUGGUGCCACCUAUGAUAUGGCACCUCUCUUUGAGUUUGAUCCUAAUAUUGGAUCAUCUCAUCAGCCGGAUUCAUGGACAGCCGUUCAGCAGCAGUUCCAUGAUCGGAACCCAUUCACCGGAGCUCCGGUGGGCGGCGGUGACGGCGGUGGUGGAGAAGAUUUACCGAUAAGGAAUUAUCGUGGAAGGAAAAGAUCUGCCCCCAAGCAUGCCACCUGUUACUAA